CCACCUGGAUUUUACUUUCCCUGUUCGGGCUGGGGGAGAUUGGGAAUCGGCUCCUCUGAGUCCCUGCAGACGCCGGCUCCCGCCAGAAGCUCACCCGUGGACAACCUGAGGAAUACAAGGGCGAGUUAAACUUGCGUCCCAGGGAGGGUCCGAAGCAAGCAGAGCAGGAGGAUGGCCGCCUGGCGCCUCUUUGGCCUGACGCUGGCCGUCACGCUGAUCCCGCAGAGGGUGUCCGGCUCGGGCGUCUUCCAGCUGGAGCUGCGCGAGUUUGUGAACCGCCAGCGCUCCCUGGCCAGCGGCGAGCCCUGCGCUGCCGGCUGCAGGACCUUCUUUCGCGUCUGCCUGAAGCACUUCCAGACCGUCAUCUCCCCGGGCUCCUGCACCUUCGGCAGCAUCGUCACCCCUGUGCUGGGAAUCGACUCCUUCCCCGUCCGAGGAACGGAGGGGUUCGGCAGCCCCAUCCAGCUGCCUUUUAACUUCACCUGGCCGGGAACUUUCUCAUUGAUCAUUGAAGCCUGGCACGCUCCUGAAGGUUACCUUCCAGCAGGUUCCGAGCCGCCCGCUGAGAAGUGGCUCAUCAGCAAGAUGGCGAUCCAGCGGUCGCUGGCGGUGGGAGAGGACUGGUUCCAGGACGAGCAGAGCAGCGAGGGGGCCAGGCUGAGCUACUCCUACCGCGUGGUGUGCAACGAACACUACUACGGAGACAACUGCUCCCGCCUCUGCAGGGGUCGCGACGACCACUUCGGCCACUACGUCUGCGAAUCUGACGGCAGCGUCGCCUGCAUGACAGGCUGGACCGGGAACUAUUGCACCGAAGCUAUCUGUUUAGCUGGGUGCACAGAGAAAAGUGGAUUUUGCAGGAAUCCAGGAGAGUGCAUCUGUCGCAGUGGUUGGCGAGGUCGUCAUUGUGAUGAAUGUGUUCCUCAUGCAGGCUGCCGCCAUGGGACCUGUAAGAAACCAGGAGAGUGCAUAUGUGAUGAAGGAUGGGGAGGCCUUUUUUGUGACCAAGAUCUGAACUACUGCACCCAUCAUAAACCUUGCAAAAAUGGAGCCACUUGCAUGAACACUGGCCAAGGUAGUUAUACAUGUUCCUGCAAAGUGGGCUUCACUGGCAUUGACUGUGAACGGAAUAUCAGUGAAUGUGACAGUAACCCCUGCAAGAAUGGAGGAACUUGCACGGAUUUGGGAAAAGACUACAAAUGUACAUGUCCCCCAGGAUAUGAUGGUGUUAAUUGUGAGCACAGUGUCUUGACUUGUGCUGACUCUCCAUGUUUUAAUGGUGGCACAUGCCUGGAAAAAGAAAAAGGAACCAGCUAUGCUUGCCUUUGCCCUAUGGGCUUUACAGGAUCCAAUUGUGAAAAAAAAGAAGAUAGAUGUACUAAUAAUCCUUGUGCUAAUGGUGGGCAGUGCUUUCUUCUGGGCGUGACGAGUGUGUGUCGCUGCCGUCCUGGAUUCUAUGGUCAGAAAUGUGAGAUAAACAUCAGCAAGUGUUCCAAAAAUCCAUGUUCAAACGGAGGAACUUGUCAUGACCUUGUGACUACACAUGAUUAUACAUGUACUUGCAUGCCAGGUUACACUGGCAGGAAUUGUGAUAUAAGAGAUGAGUGUGCCUCUGGGCCAUGCCAGAAUGGGGGAACAUGCUAUUCUAGGCUUUAUGCUACCAGCUUUGCUUGCCACUGCCCUCUUGACUUUAUGGGCACCCAUUGUGAAUUUCCAGUAUAUCUGCAUGAAUCAGAGCCUCCUAAACCAGUUCCAUGGGUGGCUAUCUCCAUGGGAGUUGGGCUAGUUGCCCUCCUCAUAUUGUGUUGCAUGAUAGCUAUAGUUAUCCGGCAGAUGCAGAGGCACCCAGAGCCUAAUUCAGAAGCAAUGAACAAUUUAUCAGACUUCCAGAAGGAAAAUCUCAUCCCUGCUUCUCAGCUUAAAAACACAAAUAAAAAUAAAGACUUUGAAGUAGACUGUGUGCUGGAGAAAUCAAACUACAAACCUAAGAAUCACACAUGGGAUUAUAAUCUGGUGAAGGAACUGACGAGCAGAGGAGCUCAGGAAGAUAAAUACCAUAAAAGUGAAAAGUGUAUAGGAGAGAAAUCACCCUUCUGGUUACACAGUGAAAAGCCAGAAUGCAGGAUAUCAACAAUAUGCUCGCCAAGGGAUUCCAUUUAUCAGUCUGUCUUUGUGAUAACAGAGGAGCGAAAUGAGUGUGUUAUAGCCACAGAGGUAUAAGAAUGAAGGCAGUUCUGUUUGCACCUCAGACUCGGAGAUGCCACAAGGUGGAUGUUCCCGG